GGCCUUUUGUUUGCUGCCGCUUUGUGACAAGAGGCCCCCGCUGCACCUGUCUCCUUUGCUGCUGCCGCAGCAGCGGGAGGACACAGCAGCAGGAGCUGCAGCACUUGCUGCAGUGCAUGCAGCACACGCCUUCCGCCGCAAGGUCAGCAGCAGCUUUGCUGCUGCUUGUCUGCGCCAGCUCGCCCUCAAGAGACACAAACUCCCCUUCCUCUGUCCCCUUGCUGCUGCAGCUCCUUCUGCGGGGCCCGCAGCUGCUGCAGCAGCUUCUGCUGCUGCUGCAGGAGCCGCAGCAGCACCAGGCACCAGCUACCCCUUCGCCCCUGCUUCUGCCAGCCUCCCCAACGCCAAGCGCCCGGACCCGCAGUGGGAUGGAGAGGACUCGGAGACUUUCUCCCCAGCUGCAGCAGCAGCAGCAGCAGCAGCAGGAGAGCGAGGAGCAGCGGGGCUGCGAGCUGCUGCUGCAGCAGACCUCAAAAAGUGUCUCCUUUGUCUCCCGCCCCUUUACCCUUCUCUCUUCUGCUCUUCGCUGCUGCGGCUUGAAGUGCUGCUGCGGCGCAUGCGGCACCAAGCCCCAACGUAUCCAGUGUUUGCUUCUGCUGCUCUGGGGCACUGCAGCAGCAGCAGCAGCGGCAGCAGCAACGGCAGCAGCAACGGCACCUUCCCCGUCUUCUUCGGGGCUGAAGGCAUGGAGGAGCCGGGGGCCCCCAAGAGG